AAAAAAACCGAUUCUAUUUUAAACGCAGUAAAUAAUUCAUUUUAUUCUUUAUAAUUUGUAUUUUGUAGACCAUUUUAUCAGUCUCUUUAGUUUGCAUCUCUAUCAUACGGCUCUAACCCAUUUUGGAGAAAUUGGCAAUUGUCUAUACAGGCACAUAUAUACAACUACAGCAAAUCCGACAUUAAGCUUCUUUCCAAAUGGGUUUACCACUACAUAUACUUCGAAAUCCUUCUCUAAUAUCCUCUUACUUUUCUGUGAACAAAAGUAGUUCUUGGGCAUCCGUUCUUUUAAAGGCCGUCGGUGUACUUUCACGAGAUUCCAGAUGGCAUGCAGAUCUUUUAAAUGUUUUGACUGAGGAAAUGGAAUCCCUAAAUAAGCAACUAAAUGCUUGGACGGGGAAUAAUCCGCUAUUGGACCGAAUUACUGAACCCUACAGACGUUCAAACACUCAGUUUUUCCAUCCGCUUUUAGUUUUAUUAAUGUCACGAGCUUCCAGGAUCGAAGGAGAUACAAGUCAACAGAUGUUUCAAAGAUACAAACAGUUAUCACGUGUCACAGAACUAAUUCAUGCCGCGAAUCUUAUACAUAUCAAUAUCCGAGAAGACCAAAGCACCGAAGAGCUCAAACUAGCAACAUUGGUUGGUGAUUAUUUAUUAGGAAAAGCUUCUGUUGAUCUUUCUCAUCUAGAAAGUAGUGCCGUUACAGAGCUUAUGGCCUCUGUUAUUGCAAACUUGGUGGAGGGACAUUUCAUGAAACCAAAAUCUCACGCGAAUUCCCAAAGUGAACGGAUGCUUUUGCUUCAAUCUGCAUUCCUUCCUGCGAAGGCUUGCUUAUCUGCUAGCAUCUUGAACAAUGCUUCCGCUUAUAUGAAUAAAGCUUGUUUUACUUACGGCAGGUACCUGGGUUUGUCUAUGCACGUAGCACAUGAAGACCUCUCGGAGAGCAUAGAGGAUAAAACCAAGAAAAAAGAAUUACUGAAUGGCUAUAGAAAAAAUGCAAAGGAUGCAUUGACUGUUUUCCCAGAUGUGGAAGCCAAGCAAGCACUAAGAGAGAUUGCCGAAAGAAUAUCAAUUGCUUAGCAAAUGACCAUGGAAUGUACUUUGUAUGGUAUUGGAUGUUGUCAUGAAUGAUGAAAACGAUCAUUAAAAAAGAGUUCCUUUCAUUCAAGGUUUUUUUGCCUCGCACAAAAAAAAAUUCGAGUUAAAUUUAAAAGAAAUUUAAAAUUUUUGAUUGCUGAAAGUUAUAACCAUGAAAUAUCUCUAAUUCUAAUUUGGUACACAAUAGAUAACGUCCAAGGAUGCUAUGUAUUCUGACCCAUGGCAUCUCCGAUUGAAAGUGCAAAAUUUUUUGGGUCCUUUUUUUCUCGUCUAGUGUUGUUAUCUUUUCUAAUACCUUCUUUUCGUUUGAGCUAUCCGCAUACCAAGUAUCGAGAAAAUCUGAAAAUGAUUUCAAAUCAACGUGCCUCUGUUCUAACAGGUGAAAUAUCAUCUAAACCGAUGUUAACUUUUUUCCCUCUCUUAUUCCAUACCCAACGUAGAAUCCCUGUCUUAGCCACAGCAUAUAGUUUCUUAGCCUCAGCAUCCAAGUUGAUUUCUUGGGCCAAUCGCUCAUCAUCCUUAUUGCUAGAUGAAGUAGACAAAUGAAAACAUUCCGUUCUCUCGUUUUCAAUGUAUGAUAACCUUUGUAAAGAUCUACUAAUAAGGUGCGUAUCCCAAAGUAUAAGCUGCGAGAGGGUCAAGUUCGAAUCAUCGUUCAUGGAUGGAAUUGUACUCACUCCUAGAGCAAAACAAUGAUCGAUAAAGGCUAUGUUCAUGAACAAUGGAAUUGGUACACGGUUUAAAGACUCACAGGUCCCCAAAUUCUCUAGACAAGCUUUUCAUGUUAAUUUUAUAAGCGUCAUGAAAAAAGAGUUACCUUGUACGAUCGGUGCAUUUUCCUUGGUUUCUUGAAAAUGAUUUUCAGAAACAAAAAAAGCCUCUAGCGACUUUAAGGUAGCUGAUACUUGACUAUGAUGUUGCAUGCUUCCUAUUAUUUUUCUUUGCGUUCAUAAAAUCCUUAUAGAACAAAAUUUUAUUCUUUCUUCCUUUUACUUUUCAAAAUUGAGGAAAACCAUGGAAUCCAGUUUUCUCGUUAACCAAAAAGCAUUUCUUCCUACAAAUAGGGUUUCCUUCAUAGUAACAGUUUUCCAUGGGGUUGCUUCAUUACAAGUAGAAAAUGGAACAAUCUAUAAACUCUGUUAAAAAAAUCAAAAGAAUGGUAAUAAAAAUGAAAUGAAAGGCAUUCAUAUAUUUCUUUUUAGAAAAUGAGUAACUGGAACUUCCCUGUUUUAUGAGAUUCUUGUCUCUGUAUUAAAAUGUGAAAACAAACGGUAGAAGGGAUGUAGUUUCCGUUUUCAGUACUUCCUUUCCAAGCUCCUUGUCGUUCACUUUACUCCAUGAAAACCCCCAAGUUUUCCUUUUCCAUUCGAUACGAUUAUAAGUAGGUAUACAGAACAGUGGUCGAUUGCACUAGUAAACAAUCUAGAGAUAUUUAUGCAGUUUACGAAAACGAUCGUUUUCAUUUUUUCGUGUUAUUUACAACGAUCAAACACACAAAUGAAUUCAUUUCUUUGAAUUUGACUCUUUUCUAGGGAUCGAAAAUCGAAAAUCGAAAAUCUGGUAAAGAAGUGUCAUUUCAUGAGAAAUAUCUUUUCAAUAAAAACCCAUCUUUCUAGAGGAAACAAUUUUCC